AUGGGCACCUCACUCAAAACAAACGGCAAAUCGACCACCAUCUCAGAGAAUACGCCUCUGCUUACCUCCGGGGCAGACGAUGCAGAAGUUCCACUCAACGAUGAGGCCAUCAUCAGUCAUGAAAACUCAGACAGCGAUCCUACGCCUUCCAAUGUCGACCUUACGCCUCUCCCGAAGCUGCAAAUAUUCGUCCUUUGCUUCGCUCGUUUAAUCGAACCGAUAGCUUUCUUCGGUAUCUUCCCUUUCAUCAACAAGAUGAUAAAAGAGACUGGCGGCAUGAAGGAAGCAGACGUGGGAUUUUACACUGGGUUCAUUGAAAGCAUGUUCUCGGUGACGCAAAUGACCUUGAUGAUAUCCUGGGGACGACUCUCGGAUCGAAUUGGGAGGAAACCCGUGAUGGUGUUUUCUAUGGUCGGUGUGGGAUUAGGGACGGCGCUGUUCGGAUUGAGUCGGACGAUUUGGCAGAUGGUACUUUUUCGAUGCUGCGCUGGAGUUUUCGCUGGAACUGUCGUUACUGUGAGGACCUCGAUUUCCGAGAAUUGUACACCUCGAACUCAGGCUAGAGCGUUCAGUUUCUUUGCUUUCAGUGGUAACAUGGGCAUAUUUCUCGGCCCACUGAUCGGUGGUGCUUUGCAGGACCCUGCUCGCCAGUACGGUGGCGUGUUCAAAAAGGUUCAAUUCUUCAGCGACUAUCCCUACGCACUACCAACAUUUGUCACUGGGUCCAUUGCUCUGUUGGCCGCACUUACCUGCGCGAUCUUUGUCAAAGAGACUCUUAAGCGAAAAGACCUUACGAACGAGGACGGCACUCCUGUAGAAGCGGAACUGACCAUUCUCGAAAUCGUGAAGAAACCAGGUGUAGCUUUUGUGCUAUAUAUCUACACGCACGCGAUGCUUCUUGGUCUCGGCUACUCAUCUUUAUCUACUCUAUUCUGGUUCACACGUCCAUAUCUUGGCGGGUACGGGUUCACACCGAUCCAAAUAUCCUACUUCCUAGCAAGCAUCGGCGUCGCACAGUCCAUCUGGCUUCUCAUAUUCUUCCCAAUAUUCCACCGCAAGUAUGGUACUGGUAACGUCCUGAGAGCUUGCUACUUCAUCUGGCCUUUGACAUUUCUGGUUGCCCCGCUCUGCAACUUCUUUCUUCGCCAGGGUUGGACAACGGCAUUCUGGAUUAUCGCUCCAACUACUCAGGUCAUCGGAAGCGGGGUAUCUAUGGCGUUCACCUGCGUUCAACUCGCCUUGAACGACGUGUCCCCAUCACCCACAGCGUUCGGCACUCUCAACGCCCUAGCACUCACCUUAGUAUGCGCAAUUCGAACCGUCGGACCUUUCGCAUUCACCAGCAUAUUCGCUGCUGGAGCCAACAGCCAGUUCCUUGACGGAUAUCUAGUGUGGUUUGUACUUGUCAUCAUCACUCUCAUGGGAAGUGUGGCGAUGAGGUGGUUCCCAGAGAAUGCGGAGGGGAAGCUGAAGCAGGAGGAUUGA